CUGUGGUUAAAAGACAAACAGACAAACUACAGAUGAAGAAAUCAGUUUCAUAACAAACCUUCCAUCCUCUGAUAGCAGCUAAAGGUGAUCAGUUUGUAAACUUUGCAUCAAUGCUGCGUUUGAUCGCCACAUCCCUGUGCCUCCGGUGCCCACAUGUCUCCACUCUGCCUCUAAACCUCAGGACAUGUGUGACGCUCAGCUCAGCAGAGAACCAGCAAACUGUGGAGGCUCUUUAUGAUCUCUCUGUGGACAUCCAGAAGGUCCGCAAACUUAAGGGCUGGGUGCUGCACCAGAGUCCAGCCUACACUAAGGAGGUCGCUGAGCUGCUGAGGAACAUGGGGGCUUCGGGCCCCAUCAUUGCUCGUAUCUUAGGAGUUCACCCAGAAGCUGUUCUCUGUAAUCCGAAGCACAUGCAGACUCAGAGAGAGCUGUGGAUGUCUGUGUGUCCAAACCAGAAAGACCUGGUUGCUAUCAUCGAGAAGUUUCCAGCCUCCUUCUUCACAUCCUCCAGCCACCACGACAACCAGCGGAACAACAUCGCUUACUUCCAGAGCUUAAACCUCAACAAGCGAAUCAUCACCAAGCUCAUGGCCAGCGCUCCCCAGAGCUUCAGCCGGCCGGUAGAGCAGAACCAGGUGAUGGUCUGCACCCUCCAGCAGGCCUACCGGGAGCUGGGAGGGGAGGAGGCCAACAUGAAGAUCUGGCUUCAGAAGCUGCUGAGCCAGAACCCGUUUGUUCUUCUGAAACCCCCGGAGGUGCUGAGACAGAAUCUGCUGUUCCUGAGAGACAAGGGCUUCAGCACGGCAGAGCUCCUCCGACUCCUCUCCAGUCUCAGGGGCUUUGUCACCGAGCUGAACCCAGACAGCAUGCGCUCCACCCUGGCAUACUCCCAGGACACCAUCGGCUGCUCUGAAGCCGAGCUGCGGGGCAUCAUCCUCAAGUGCCCGGCUCUGCUUUACUACCCUGAGUCUAUCCUGGCCGAGCGCUUUAAGGGCCUCCUCGACGCCGGCGUCAGCAUGUCUCAAAUCACAGAGAUUCCAACUGUCCUGGAGCUGACCACACAGAUAGUGAACUAUCGCAUCCAACGCCUGAAGGCAAGGGGUUAUGAUGUGAGGACAGGAAGUCUGCAGGUCCUAAACGGCACCAAGAAAGACUUUGAGAUGAGCUUUGGAAAACUACAACUCCGCAGAGAGAGGCCACUGUUUAACCCUGUCGCACCUUUAAAAGUAGAUGACUGACAUACAGAUGAUUGUAAGCAUGAAUUUAAAGGGACACUAUUAUGGUUAUAUAUAUAUACUUGUCUGUAUCAGAUUAGUGUCUUAAGGUGCAUUCACUUCCAUCAGUGACUUUAAAUCUCAAGUUUUAUUUCUGUUUAACAGGACAGAUUACAAUGUUGCUGUUACAACUUGACAGUAAAUCUUGUCUGUGAAGACUCCUUCAAUUGCAAACCAAACUACCUCCUGAUUCUAAAAUUCAAGUGUACAAACUGGAUCUUCAUUCAGUUUUUUAAAGGUGCUCAAACCUAGAUCACACUCAGCUGAAGGUACAACACAGAGAGUUUGUUUUAACUCCGCCUCUGCUGCAAAAAUCUACAACCUUGUGGGAUGUAGACUAACCAAAAUCCUAUUAACAAGCUCCCUAUGAGUCCUGUUUGUUUUUUUUGUACUUAGGUAUUGUGAAGUUUAUCAUUUCAUUCUACUUCUAGUUCAUAUCAAAGAAAUCUGUGAUCACACCUCAACAUUCAGUUUUCAUCACUUGAGUCUGUUGGUAUCACACAGAAAAAGCAUCGCAGUUUUAUUGCAGGUAUAAAGGAGAUAAGGAUUGAUUCACACAGUAACAUCUGAAAAUUAGACAAAUGCAGUGGAAUUAUGAUGUGUCACCGUUUUUAGGGAAGAUGUCGCUCCUCGUCAAAUAAAAAAAAAAGAUUGCACCUUAUUUACAAAUUACCUCAUUACAAUAACUCCACAUAAAACGUUGCGUGACGAAACAGCGCGAUGACAGAUGCGCUGACUCGUCUGUCAAACGUAUUACUGAGUAUAACUGAGGACGAACAAAGCUUUUCGAGCUGUUUUAUUUACAGCCUGCGCAAGUGUCUCAUUUUCACACAAUGUUCUUGGCAGCACAACUGUUCCCCUCGGGGAUGAAAUCUAACCGUGUCUCACAUUUUUAUUGUUAUUCUACAGAUGGAGGCACUUUGUAAUAAACUAUUUCACUACUAAAGUGUCACUUCAUUAUCAUUUCAAAUGAAUUUUAAAGCACCCACACAAAAUGAAGAAGCAAAGUGAAGUUCCUUUGAUUUGGAAGUGGUUUAUUUGAAUGCACUCUGCAACCUUUGAUGGAAUCUUCAUUCAAAAAGCAAGUUGAGCUUCAGUACGUCUGUGAAAAAUUGAUCUUUUGUUACGUUUGGUGUUAAUUAGAAGUUUUCAUGUCAAUGUAUGUUGCAUGGGAUGAAAAAAGAGCCCACAUUUAUUCUAGUGUAAGCCACAAAAUCAAUAAACAAUCAUGCCGAGCAUUGUCUAAACCAAGA